AUGGUCGGAGUCGCAUUGGUGAACGCGUUGCUGUUUGGCGUCUAUGGAUUCUUCAUGGAUAUUCAGAUGAAAAACCCUGGGGAUGAUCCGACCCUCAUGCAGAUCUAUCUGGCUGGCACAGGAUCUGGCAUCGUCAACAGUUGCCCGAUGGAAUUGUCAAAGAUUCGACUUCAAAAUCAGGAUCAGGGCGCAGGAAUGGUGAAGAGUGGCAGCAGUGGUCUGGGAACAACCUUUUACAAGGGACCCAUGGACUGUUUCAAACAAACCUAUCGCCAAGGAGGCAUUCGCGCCUGUUAUCGUGGACUCUGGUCCACCAUCCUCCGAGAGACCUCCUACGGACCCUAUUUCUUGAGCUACGAAAUCUUUUGCAGGGCGUUGACACCAGAGGGCCAGCGGACUCAGGAUCUGUCGAGUGGACGGUUGGUUGUUGCGGGAGGGUUUGCAGGUAUCGCUGGAUGGCUCAGUACUUACCCUACAGAUGUGAUCAAGACAAGAAUUCAGGCACAGCACGACUCGCUACCGAAAUCGCAACAGUUCAAGGGCGUAUGGGAUUGCACAAAGCACAUGUAUAGAGAAGAGGGCUUCCGGGUCUUUUUCAGGGGUGUCAAUGCCACCAUCAUCCGAGCCUUCCCUUGCAACGCCGCCACCUUCUUGGUCUACUCCCUAGCCUUGCGCGCCUUGAUGCCCGCCUCGCCUGAGGAGGCUUUGGCAUAA